GGCUCUGUUACGUGGAGGCUCUUCAAUAGGGGGGCACUGUCCCCUUAGGGGUGCAGAGGAGGGACCCUGCCCCUCUGACAGCUGAUACUGCGAGAGGGAGUUGUACCUAGGGUGACGAGCGGCAGCCCCCAACGCAGAGCCGCAAUGGAUCCGAAAAAGCCUAUGGCAGACAAGUCGAAAGGUCAAAGUGACUUCAAAACAGAUCAGCCUGAGAAGGCGGAAGAGCCGCCACAACAGAUGGGAGUUGAAAGCCAGGGCAAUGGCCAGGUCCAGUCGGUCGAGGACGUGACCACUACAACGACGGGAUCCUUGUCCUCGAACGAGCUGUGGUGGAGUAUCAUGCCUUUCACCCGGGCCCGCCGCCUCUGGCUUGUGUUACGCGCUGGCUUGUACCGUUUGGUGGAAAGGAUGAAGCGCGCCGAGAUGCAGGUGGCGCACUUGACACACGGGCUGGAAUCCCUGCGGCGCUUGGAGGUGCCCGCAGGGCUGCUGGCAGUGGCGCAAGACGUGGAAAGCUCACGCCUGGUGCUCCUGGAUGGUGCUGGUCAAUUGUAUCUGCAUGCCGAAGAUGGCUGGGCCCGUGGCCGGGCCCAAGCGCCGGUAGAGCUCACAGGGCUCGUGGCCCUCGUGGGUUUUCGGCACCUGGGCCAGAAUCCAGGUCGCUUUAUAGGUUGGGGGCCCGAAGGAAUGGUAGUACUGAGCCAGGACCUGCAACUGAUGUCCCGCAACUUCUUGGACUCGUCCCGGCUGCCCACGUGCUGUGCUUUGUUGCCUGGAAAGGAAAUGGUAGCCAUUGGUGAGGAGAGUGGUGGACUGUCAAUAUGGGAGUUUCGAGGUGGUGGCCGUCGUCUAGUGCUGGCAGCUACGCUUCCGGGGCACCCAAGCCAGGGAGAGCCUCGCCCUAUCAGCCGAAUAGCUUUAAACGUGGCACCUCGCGGGGUCUUCCCUCGCUGUUUCGCUGUCUGCGGGGCUGACAUGCUCACUUAUGACCUGGAUGCCUGCUCCAUCAUUGAUGUGCGCCGCAAGCUGCACAAAACCAUAAUCUCGGAUGUGGUGUACUGUGACGCCGCAGACGCUGUAGUAACAGCCUCUCGAGACAGCACUGUGAAGGUGUGGGACGCUGACUGGCAAAUCCGCAGCGUUUUUGUGGGGCACACAGGUCCGGUGACGGCUUUGACUGUGCUGCCCCACUCGGUGCUGGUGCUGUCAGCAUCCCAGGACAUGACCCUGCGCACUUGGAACCUGGAGACGGCGCAGCAAGUGGGCGAAGUAUCUCUUCGGAGUCAUUCGGAGGCGGUGUCUGGAGUUCGACAGGACACCGGGAACGAGGAUGAGAUGCCGCCCCCCUCCACCCCUAGCAACUACUGCGAAACCAUAUGUCGUCUUUGGGCACCAAGCCGGCCCGGUGGUGCUCUGCUGGCACAGGGCUUGGCGAGCCUGGAACUGUGGAUAGUGCGCGAGCUACACCACCCCCUGGAGGCCCUUAGCUCCAGCCUGCAAGGCCUGGAAUUGGCGCCUCCCCUGCCGCAGCCACACCGGGACUUUGUGCCGCAGCGCAUAGUGGGCAGGUGCGUUGAUGGCACAGUACGCGUCUUCUCAGCGGUCACUGGAAAGAUGAUUUCGGCGCUGCUGCUGGCGCCUGGAGAGAUGGCUGCAGCCACCGCCUAUUGCGUGCCUCGCGAGGUCCUGCUGGUGCUGACCCAGGAAGGAGUCUUGCUGCGCGCCAAUGCAGCACGCUUCCCAAUGCCCGUGGUCCGCCGCCUGCAUCCGCCUCUGCCGCCAGAAGCCCGGCCCUGCUGCCUCCACCUGAUUAGCCACAUUGCAGACCAGACGCGGGCCUAUAGCUCCUGGCAAGCCGUGCGUAAUCGUGGCGGGGAGCUCCGUAAGAAGAGCUGGCUGGGCACCACGUGGGAAGACAGGAAUAGGUUCUUGCCAGUGUUAGGCUACACUGACGGCACGAUCGCGGUGCUGGAUUGGCAGUCUUGCCGGAAGGUUUUUCACAUAGAGGCCCACAGUCCGGGCUCCACGACUGCCAUUGCUUCGAGUGGGCAGAGUCUGGUGACCGCUGGCACAGACAUGACUGUAAAGAUGUGGCGAAUAUUUCCCUACUCAGAAGAGAGCCUGACCUUGCUUCGGACAUUUUUCUGCUACCAGUCAACUGUGGCACUAUGCACCAUGGGUUCUCGUGUUACCAUGGCAUUUGAGGACCCCCCCAGUGCUACCUACAGCUUGGUGCAGUAUGGGACGGCUGACGGCAAUGACAUACGCCAUGACCAUCCCCCUCAGGAUGACCCCACAGACCACAUCACAGGCUUAUGCUGUUGCCCUUACUUGAAGCUUUAUGCCUCUUCAAGCCUGGAUUGCACUUUGAGAAUCUGGACUCAGGACAAUAAAUUGCUCAGGCUAAUGCAUCUGAACAUGCCUCCAGAGGCCAUGACCUUCUGCAAUGACAAAGGGGAUCUGAUCCUUUACCUUGGCUCACACCUUUGCCUGAUCUCCCACAAACUCUACCUGCCCACGUCUCUUCUGGUCAAGGUUCUGUGUCGGAGAAUACCAAACCCUAAGGAAGAUCUGCCCCUGCCACUGUCAGAUCCGGAGCUGCUGACUCCAGAAGAGCUGAAAAGGAUAAAAAGACUGAAAGCCCCGCCUCGUGUCCGGGUGAAGCAUAUUAUAAAGCCAGAGUAUCUGGAGGCGGAGUACAGACAAAUGGAGAUCGAUGAGGCCUGUGCCAGGCUGGCUGCCAGGGAUGCGGAGCUACGGAGCCUGGCCUUGGGACAGGUGGAGCCCCUGACCCAAUUGCUCUUCACCCCCCAACUGCGUAUGGAGGCCUUCCACAACUACCUACAGGUCAUCUACGGCUCCCGACUGGAUAGUGUGAGCAAAGAGGAGAAUGAGGCAUUGGACAACUUUGAUCUGGACAGAAAGCCUUUGAGCUCGAUCCCACUGAGCCAAAAGAUUCUGCAGUCCUGUAAGGAAACCACCGGCUUCUUCCCCUCCUCCAAAACCCAGCCCAGACGCUCUUCCACCAAAAGCAAGAUGCCUCCACCGAUCCAAUUCCCGGGUUACGUCCCCAAUUCAGUGGCGAUGCAGCAACUAUGGCCAAAGACAGAUUUGAAGGGAGUUGGGCAACUUGUCAAUCUGAAGUCAGAGAGCUUUGAAAUCUUGGAGCGUGAGAUGGACACAAUGUGGCUUCCAUGGGGCACAAGUAAGAAGAAAGAGGAAGCCUGGUUGAAGAAAGCCUUGGGUUUGGAAGCCAGCCCCAUCAGCCAGGAAGAUGUGCUUCAUGUAGAUUCAGGCCUUCCGCAAGAGAAAGUCUUCCAUGAGAGUAUUGUCCCUGAAGAGCGUCCUGAAAAAGAGAGUGAGAAGGAACUGGAGAAGGAAUAUAUGCUGCCUGAGGUUGCUUUGACUUCAGAAUUACAUUCUGAAUUAGAAGAAUUCCUUAGCUCCAUGGAUGUUCCUGAAACAUGGGACCCUGCCUCAACCUAUGUUUCUGCUGAGAAAGUACCUGUACCUGAAUUUCUCGUCUCUUUGUUGAAUCAAGAGUGGUUCCAGAACUAUUUUCCUGAUUUCAACCUUGAGGAGCUUAUUGUCUCUGAAGGGCUUCGUGAGAAGGAACGUGAGGAGCGACGACAGAAGGAACGAGAGAAGGAACAGUUAGUGCCUGAGGCAUACCCGGAAUGCUUCACAGUGGAGGGUGUGGCCACAUUACUGCUGAAGGUCCUGGAGCAAUCCAACUGGGAGGAUGGCACCAAGGUUAUGAUGAUGCUAGUGGAGAUGAUGCCCCACCUGGGAACUGAUUUCCGAGAGAAGCUGAAACAUUUGCUGUUGAAACUUCUCAACAAAGAUCCUCCUCCAAACCUUGUGGACAAGAUAGAGAAGAAAUUUGUGAUGACGGCCCUGCAGGUGCUCAUGGUUGUCUCUCUGGGCUCCCGGGAAGUGGUCUUGGAGCUUAUGUCCUACUUCCUCUACUCACCCCCUCGGUGCAGACCUGCACUGAAGAAACUACUAGAAGAGAUGGGCCUGAAGGACCCCUAUAAUUUCCUGUUCAAGGAAAUGGUCACCUGGGCAGAAGGGAAAGAUUUAACUAACAAGGCAGCCCUGAGAGGGCGCUGUGGACAGAAACUGGAAAUGAUGACUAAAAACCUUAAGAUCCACCUGAAAGAGAAUCCCCUACUGCCUACUUGGGAGGAAGAAGAGAUUUCUGUCAGUCCUCAGGAGCAUCGAAGUCCGGAAAGCCUCACUCGGGUCUUGCCAACAACCAAGACUGAAUACCCCCACCUCAACUUCCCACAUCCUCCUACCCCCGCCCCUUCUGCAAAGUACAAGAGCAUUUACCGAUUCAGACCCAAGCCUCCCCCUAAAAGUCCGCUCAAGACUCCCCCCAAGUCUUCUCCCAAGCAUUCCCCCGAGCGUUCCCCCAAGCUUUCCCCCAAGCUUUCUCCCAAGCUUUCCCCCAAGCUUGCUACCCAGUUUCCCCCCAAGCUUUCUCCUGAUUUACCCACCACAAUGCCCCCUUCCUUCUCCCUCUUCCUUCUGGGCGCAGCCCCAGCGAGACAUUCCGCAGCCUCGAAAUCCCAACGCCCUCAGAGUAUAGGGCUGUCUCCCGGCCUUCCUUUAGAUUCCUUUCUCUCAGCCAGCCCACUCCCCUGCUAA